AUGGACAAGGCGACUAAAGCGCAGCUCAAGGCGGUCAAGGUCGCCAUCCGCGAUGAUCAGCUGGACGAGGCCCAGGAGCUGCUUCAGGAAAUUCUGGCGGAGAGCCCAGACCACUACCAGGCUCUCGUUUUUCGUGGGGCCGUCUUCAAAAAGCAAAAUCAAGCCGCUAAAGCGGAAGACAGCUACCGCCAGGCUAUUCAGACCAAUUCAGAGGAGCUACUUGCAUGGCAUGGUCUAGUGGAUCUCUUGGAAGCAGCAGUCGCGGAACGGCCAGGUCGUGAGGAAGAGCUCAUCCAGGCCUACGAGCAAAUUCUGGCCAUCGCCGGCCUUGAGGCUGAAGUGCGCGCUGGACGUGUUGUUCUUCGCCUCCUGCAGCUGUACGAAAACGAGGGCUAUUGGUUUAAGGCCGCCGAGCUUUGUGCCAGCUUGGUGGCCGAUGAUGGCACCGCUGUGCUGGCCCCGACUGAGGAAGGCACCUCGUGGCCCAGCCAGGCCAUCUCCUUCUUUGACCGCCAAGUGGAAGUGCUCGUAGAAAAGGAUCGCCGUGCCACGAAGCACAGCCCAGAGCAGGCCCAGCUUGCCAUCAUCGUCGAUAUUAAAGCCUCCACCCGCCAGGCCGUCACGAAAGCCUGGCGCGUGUUACUUGCUGCACAGCCAAGCGCCUCUAUUGCCACGGCUUUGGCCACGUUCUCGUGGCGCUUUCACCUUGUCCACAACGAUGACCUGGCGCCCGGUCUUGAGCAUCUCCCAGCUGCGAGCCAGACUGCAUUUCGCACCGCCGCCCAUUAUCUCCACGCCCAGCCAGUCCCCGAGGUAUGGUUCGCCACAGAUCAUGCGUUCAAAGGAGUGGUCCACAGCCGCGCCAUCGAAAUGGCUUUUGACUGCCGGCGUCUUCCUCGUCGCCAACCCGCCGUUUCCUCAAGUAUUCCUCUUGUCCCUUGCCCCCUCUCUUUGCUCACGGAUAGGGAUUGCCGCUUUGUGACGAGGACUUGCAACACCCGGCAACAAAUGGGUUUGAGGACUUACCUUGUCACUUGGCGGCCGGCCUCGCCCAAGGUACGUUCCCUUCAAUCCCAUGCCGCAAGGCAUCGUGUGCCCAUGGUUGGACUCACCGCCCACUUGGCAAUCAAUGCAGCCCAUCGAGCCAUGGUGGAGGCCACUGAACCUGGCGUGCUUCUGGCCCAAGGCGCCGUCCUCGACAACAUUUCUUCUCUGCACCUCACACCUAUUGCCCUGGCAUUGCGAGCUCAGCUGGCUUUUUGGAUGGGUGAUUUGACGCUGGCAUGCCAAACGGCCGAGAAUGGUCAACAAGAACUUCACUGUUUGCAAGACCUCUGCAGCAACCCCAGCCUGGGUCAAGGGAUUGAGUGCUUGCUUCGCAUGACGUGCUUGCAGUGUGAAUGGCGACUCGACUCUCUGGCACACCAACGGGUAGAACGCGACCUUCAUGCGCUGGCUACGGCGCACGGCGCCCUGGAGCGCAUCGUCCUUCUUGAACUGGCCCAGCUCGACGUUACCCGCGAUCUUACUCGAGAUGCCAUCGAAAAGCUUCAACAGGUGCAGGCGCACGAAGAUGGUACGCCGCAAAUACUUCAUCUCCGAGCUUUGGUCCGAGAGCGAGAGCAGCAACGUGCCGAAGCCCUGGCCGACGCCGAGGCUGCUGUCAAACAAGGGCAUCCUCGCCUUGAGCGCUACUUGCUGUUGGGCCGCUUACAACGCCGCGCUGGACAAACCGGGCAGAGCCGUGCCACUUUGGUGCUGGCAGCGCGUCUCAAUCCCACACAUGCAGACAUCUUUUUUGAACUUGGGCAAACCCUUGAGGCUUCUCAAGACACUGAGCGCGCCGCCCAAUGCUAUGCCAAGACCGUUCAAUUGGACUUGGUGCACGAGCCAGCUGGUGAAGCUCUUUGGCGUCUGUAUCAACAAAUGGGUCGUCACGCCGACGCAAGCCAGCUGGUUGAGCGCGUAAGCUUGGCCCCCUCUGCCGACCGAGUGCGCUGGGUUUGGAUUCGCCUGGGCCAGCUGCGCCUUCAGCAGCACCGGGCAUCAGAUGCAGUCUCAGCUCUACAAAAGGCGCUUCGCAACAACCGCAGUGAAGCCAACAUUUGGCGCUUGCUGGGUCGGGCCUAUUUCGAGCGCGGAAGCUACGCCUCUGCACUCAAGGCACUGGGUCGUGCUUUCGAGCUCAAUAACACCGAUGUGGCCGCCCGCACAACGAUGGGCAAAGUGCAAUUGCAACUCGGUGAACAUGCCGAAGCCCUGUCCAUCUUCGAUGAGGCUUUACAGCUAGACCCAGCCUACGCCCCGGCCAUCGAGGGCUAUCUCUUGACGCAGUUGGACGUGAUUCGACACGACAUUGGUCAGGGCUUGCUUCACGCGGCUGCUCAGGCCUGUGCCCAGGGCCUGAGCCUCUUCGUCAGCCGUAUUGAAGCCGUUCAAAGUCUUGUGUGCAUCUGGAAGACAGUGGCGGACUUGCUCGCCGCGAGCUUCUACUUUCCGCCCAAGCAUCAGACUGUCCUUGGUGAGGCGCAGGCAGCGCUAGCGCACGUGUUUCAGUUGGAGAAUACGCCCGAACCUCUCGAACUAGCCACGCGUGCCUAUGUUUUGUGUGUUGAGCGGGAUCCACAGUCCUCAUCGAGCUGGGCAGAUCUAGCCGGGUGCCUGACCCGUCGCGCAUUGCUUGCCCAGGACUUGAGCAAUGAACCUGCAAGUCAGGCGCUGUUAUCUGAGGCCUUGUGUGCCAUUCAGCAGAGUCUGGUCUUGGAUCCUGCAGAUGGUGAAAGCUGGGAACUAGCAGGCUUCAUUGGCCUCCACACACGUGUCUUCCCCUUUGCUGAGCGCGCCUUUGCUAAAGCAGCCGAGCUGCGAGCCGCCGAUGGUGGCGCUUGGGUGGGACUUGGUGCCUUGUACCUGAUGCAGCACGAUCUGCCCCGCGCAAAUCAGGCCUUGAGCCGAGCACAAGCCAAUGAUCCCGGCUUGGCUCGAGCAUGGAUCGGACAAGCAUUGGUUGCGGCUCAGUUUGUCAGCUCAGAGAUGCUGGACUUGCUUCGCCAUGCCUUUGAGCUGUUUGCGCACCCUCUGGCCAGCCUGGGUUUUGCGUGGCGAGUACUUGCAGCCGUGCUUCCGCAAAGCGAUGAGAUGGCCCUCCAGGCCUUUGCCCAGCCCGGUCUUCAGUUUGGUGCGUUCGGCCACGUUCCCGACGGAGAGACAUCCCACUAUUGCCAGCAAGCCCUUGUGGCCAUUGAACGUUUUUCAGCAAGCCGGAGCGGUCACCAACUGCCUGUGGCGUGGGCCUUGCAAGGGCUGCUCUCGGAACAAGUCGGGUUGUUUGAGGCUGCGGUCGAAGCUUGGGAAUGUUGUGUGAAUCUGUUGAUGAGUGCCCCGCAGCAGAAUGAGGCGCAACUCCAAGUCGCAGUUUCUGGUCUGGCCCGGGCUCUGUGCCAUGCUGGUCAGAGCACACGCGGCUUGGAGCUGUAUCAGCACGUGGAUCGCCCUGGCUUGUUUGACCGUCUGCUUGCGGGUGAAGCGUACCUGCAUGCUGGGCGCUAUUCCGAGGCCUUUCAGGCACGUGACGCGCAUACCACGGCACUGUCUGAUGGCCAGGCAGACUGCUUUAGCCUACACAUUGCAGCUGUGUUGGGUGUGGUGGCCUUUGCCAACCAAGAGCUGGAUUUGAGCAAGCAGCUCUUGUUUGAGGCUGUUGCUCGCCCAGAGCUGUGUCCCCCGGCUGUCCUUAUCAUGGGCGCCCUUGGCGUGAUUUCAGAUGAUCCAGACCUGACGGAAGCCGCCCUUGGUGAGAUUCCGCGCCUCCGUCAAAGUGGCGCCUUAAACACACCGGAGCUUGUUGAGUCAUACUAUCGGCUGCGCGCAUAUGCCCACUUGGCCCGUGGCGACACCCGUGGCGCACGACGCGCCAUCUCUCAGUUGUUGCGGACUUAUCCACAACUGGCUGCCAACUGGGUGCUGCUGAGUAAGCUUGUUAAUGGCGACUCUGGUGCCGACACUAGCCAAGGUCUAGUGGACGGACCCUGUGCCGCACCUCGCAACAUGGCUCAGGUCCUUUGUCAGGGAGCUUUAAAUCUGACUCGAGCCACUCUGGUACGCUCCAGUGGAGCCCAAACCUCGCCCCAAACCUCGACGCACGGACUGGCUGCCAGCAUCUACACAACACUGGCUGCAAGUCAAAUGGCACAUCCAGAUGCUCAGCUGUGGUCCGAUGGAGACCUCGCUCAGUAUCGUGUUCGAGUGCGUCGCGCAGCGCUUCGUGCAGUGCAUGUUGCGCCCCACGACUUUGCGUCUUGGUUGCAACUUGCGUGUGCCUUAGCAGCCCAUGCAAUGCUAGGCGUGGAGCAUCAGCAGCAAUGUCUCGUGGCCACUGAGCGUGCCAUCAGUCUGAUGGAAACCACUCUCAGCACCCUGUCCAUGGAUUUGUUACAUCAGCCACGGCGCGACGCACUUAUGCGCAGUCGACUCUGGGCGAUGGCCUGUCGGGCCUUUGCGCAGUUGCGGCUGGCUGCCCAAGCGACGCCCACCAGCAAGCUGCUGUUGCAAGCAGUGGUGCGUUCUUUGGGCGUGUUGACUCUGCCAAAUGCAUCGCGGCGAUAUUGA